AUGCGACGUGCUGCCAAAGCAGCAAGAAAAGCGGUUGCACGCAUGCGUGCAGCCGAGAAUGGUCCUUCUCUUGCUUCAGCAGCAGGUGAUGCUUCGCCUGCUGUUGCGAUUCAGCAACAGGCGGUGCCUGUUGCGAACAGUCCACGUGGUGAGUCACCUCGUGCGACAGAUACAUCCGCUGCGUCUGUGGCGGGUGCUGCGACUCGCAAUGUAGAUGAUCUUGAAAUAGAGCUCAUCAAUUCUGGCGAGUCGGACGAUGCAUCCGACUCGAAGGCGACACCUCACGCCUCCGGAUCAUCCAAGGCGGAUACUGCAAGAGUCAGAUGA